AUGGCGUCUUCCUCCCGAGCAAGGAGUAGUUCACCGUUUUCUCAUCGGAAACCUUCAACUCCUUAUUCUUCUACUUCUUCGUCUUCUUCACUUACUAACGGAAGGAUAAUACCUCGUUCUUCGUCUUCUACUACGUCGUCGUUUUUUAACCCUGGAGGUCGAUCCACGACUCCGAGUCGAGGUCGGAGUGAGUCAACGAAUUACGGCUCGCGCGGUUAUAGAGAUCGUUCUCCGGUUGUGUUUGGAGCGGAGGAGCUGAUUGUUGACCCUGUCGAUACGUCUAGGUCAGCGGACAGCAUUUCCGUCACGAUUCGGUUUCGUCCUUUAAGUGAAAGAGAGUAUAAUAAAGGAGAUGAGAUCGCUUGGUAUGCGGAUGGAGAUAAGAUUGUUAGAAAUGAAUAUAAUCCAGCUACUGCUUAUGCAUUUGAUAGAGUUUUUGGACCACAUACCAUAUCAGACGAGGUGUAUGAAGUAGCUGCCAAACCUGUGGUGAAGGCUGCUAUGGAAGGUGUCAAUGGAACCGUGUUUGCCUAUGGUGUGACCAGUAGUGGUAAGACACAUACUAUGCAUGGUGAUCAUAAUUCUCCCGGUAUAAUACCAUUAGCUAUAAAGGAUGUUUUCAGCAUGAUUCAAGAUACUCCAGGAAGAGAAUUCCUACUUCGAGUGUCAUAUCUAGAAAUAUACAACGAGGUGAUAAAUGAUUUGCUUGACCCAACUGGUCAAAAUUUACGGGUCAGAGAAGAUUCACAGGGAACUUAUGUUGAGGGUAUAAAGGAAGAGGUUGUUCUAUCUCCUGGACAUGCACUUUCUUUUAUUGCUGCUGGAGAAGAGCAUCGUCAUGUUGGAUCAAAUAAUUUUAAUCUCUUUAGCAGCAGGAGUCACACAAUAUUCACACUGAUGGUUGAAAGCAGUGCCCACGGUGAUGAGUAUGAUGGAGUGAUAUUCUCUCAGCUUAAUUUGAUUGAUUUGGCUGGAUCUGAAAGUUCCAAAACUGAAACAACUGGAUUAAGAAGAAAAGAAGGAUCUUAUAUCAACAAAAGUCUUUUGACACUUGGAACAGUUAUAGGAAAAUUGAGCGAGGGGAAAGCAUCUCAUGUUCCAUAUCGAGAUUCAAAGUUAACCCGCCUCUUGCAAUCUUCUCUUAGUGGGCACGGCCAUGUUUCACUUAUAUGCACCAUAACUCCUGCCUCCAGCAAUAUGGAGGAGACUCAUAAUACUUUGAAGUUUGCCAGCAGGGCAAAACGAGUAGAAAUAUAUGCGUCGCGUAAUAAGAUCAUUGAUGAAAAGUCUCUAAUUAAGAAAUACCAGAGAGAAAUUUCUGUUCUCAAACUAGAACUCGAUCAACUAAAAAAGGGAAUGCUAGUUGGUGUCAGUCAUGAGGAGAUUAUGACCUUAAAGCAGAAGUUGGAGGAAGGUCAAGUGAAAAUGCAGUCAAGAUUAGAAGAAGAGGAGGAUGCCAAGGCUGCUCUUAUGAGUAGGAUUCAGAGGCUAACCAAACUCAUUCUGGUUUCUUCAAAGAAUGCAAUUCCUGGAUAUCUUACUGAAGCUCCUAACCAUCAGCGAAGUCACUCUUUUGGCGAGGAAGAUAAACUUGAUGCUUUUCGGGAUGGUAUGUUGAUUGAAAGUGAUAGCAAAAAAGAUACUUCUGCAGUGUCAUCACAUCUGUUUCAUGAUGGUAGACAUAAAAGAUCAUCAAGUAGAUGGAAUGAUGAAUUCUCCCCAACUAGCAGUGCUGUUACUGAAUCAACACAAGCUGGUGAACUGAUCACCAAAACAAAACUGGCAGCAGGCGGGGUGACAAUGUCUGAUCAGAUGGAUCUUCUUGUUGAGCAAGUCAAGAUGCUAGCUGGAGAUAUUGCUUUCAGUACCAGCACUCUGAAGCGCUUGAUAGAGCAAUCUGUAAAUGACCCUGAUGGAUCCAAAAGUCAGAUUGAGAACUUAGAACGUGAAAUCCAAGAAAAAAGGAAGCAGAUGAGGUUGUUAGAGCAAAGAUUAACAGAGACCAGUGAAUCAUCUAUGGCUAAUUCAUCACUAGUUGAAAUGCAGCAGACAGUCUCAAGAUUAAUGACUCAGUGCAAUGAAAAAGCCUUUGAGUUGGAGAUCAAAUCUGCAGACAACCGUGUUCUUCAGGAGCAGCUAAAUGAUAAGUGUUCUGAAAACAGAGAGUUGCAAGAGAAGUUGAAACAACUUGAGCAGCAACUGGCAGCAAGUUCUAGUGGUUCAUCAUUAUCUUCUGAACAAUAUGCAUUUGGAGAACACGCUAAUGAGUUAAAAAAGAAGAUACAAUCCCAGGAAAUUGAAAAUGAGAAACUUAAGCUAGAGCAAGUUCACUUGUCAGAAGAGAAUAGUGGGUUGCGUGUGCAGAAUCAGAAACUAUCUGAAGAAGCUUCUUAUGCCAAAGAGCUGGCAUCUGCUGCAGCUGUAGAACUGAAGAAUUUGGCCGGGGAAGUGACAAAACUUUCAUUGCAGAAUGCGAAGUUGGAAAAAGAAUUGAUGACUGUACGGGAGCUGGCCAACUCCCGUGCUGCCAUUCAAACGGCUAACGGUGUUAACCGUAAGUAUAGCGAUCCAAGAUCUGGGAGGAAGGGGAGGAUUUCUAGCCGUGUUAAUGACAUUUCAGGAGCUGGACUAGAUGACUUUGAGUCAUGGAAUCUUGAUGCUGAUGAUUUGAGACUAGAACUGCAGGCAAGGAAACAGAGAGAAGCUGCUCUGGAGGCUGCAUUAUCUGAGAAGGAAUUUGUGGAAGAGGAGUUAAGGAAAAAGGCUGAAGAAGCCAAGAAAAGAGAGGAAGCCUUAGAGAACGAUUUAGCUAAUAUGUGGGUCCUUGUUGCUAAGUUAAAAAAAGAUGGCGGAACUGUCCCAGAAUCAAACAUUGAUAAAAAAAUUGAUGGGGCUCAAAAUUUUAACGAUCGGAAAACUAAUGACAGUGAAUGUAAUUUUGUCUCUAAGGAGCAGCUUUUGGAUGUAUCAAAACCACAUGGUGAAAUUCCGAAGGAAGAGCCCCUGGUUGUGCGUCUCAAGGCUCGUAUGCAAGAGAUGAAGGAAAAAGAACUCAAGUACCUUGGGAGUGGUGAUGCCAAUUCCCAUAUUUGUAAAGUAUGUUUUGAAUCUCCUACCGCUGCUAUUCUUCUUCCAUGCCGACAUUUUUGUUUGUGUAAAUCUUGUUCACUAGCUUGUUCUGAGUGUCCUAUAUGCCGCACGAAUAUUACAGAUAGACUUUUUGCUUUUACAUCCUGA